AAACCAUGUAAACUUCUUCAUAAACAUAUGAUCACCAUAAACACCCAAAUAAAUGGCCCAAGGGAUCGAUUCAUCAGCUGUUUAUCAACAAUACGAUCGCAUCGAAAUGCUCAAAGCUUUCGACGACACAAAAGCCGGCGUCAAAGGCCUCUGCGAUUCGGGUUUGUUCCAGCUCCCACAAAUCUUCGUGAGGCCACCGGAGGAGCUGGCUGCGGAGCUGAAACACAAAAAGGGUCAAGUCCAAGUUCCGGUGAUCAAUCUGCGCGGCAUCGACGGUUGCGGUAGGCGAAGGGAGAUUGUUGAACAAGUGAGAAGCGCUGCUGAAACAUGGGGGUUUUUCCAAGUGGUGAGCCACGGGAUUCCUCAAUCUGUUUGCGAUGGAAUGAUCGAUGGGGUGCGCCGUUUCCACGAGCAGGAUGUGGAUGAGAAGAAGAGGUAUUAUACUCGGGAUACAACCAAAAGUGUGAGAUAUCAAAGCAGCUAUGAUCUCUUCAUGUCCAAAACUGCAACCUGGAAAGAUACCUUGACCAUUUCGUGUGAUUCAAGCUUUGAUCGUGAUGAACUGCCCUCUGUUUGCAGAGAUUCGUCAGUGGAGUACUCAAAACAUGUGGAAAGUUUGGGGAAUAUUCUGCUGGGGCUAUUAUCUGAGGCACUGGGACUAAACACUGAUUUUCUGGGGAAGAUGGAAUGUUCGAAGGGGCAUCGUCUCCAUUGCCACUACUAUCCGGCAUGCCCUGAGCCUCAACUUGCAAUCGGAACUUGCAAGCAUUCGGAUGCUGGAUUCCUCACAAUUCUUCUACAAAACCAACUUGUUUGCGGCCUCCAGGUUCUGUGUGAAGGCCAAUGGAUCGACAUUCAACCGGUUGAAGGAGCUUUAGUCGUCAACAUCGGUGAUCUUCUUCAGUUGGUGUCGAAUGGGAAAUUAAGAAGCAAUGAGCAUAGAGCAAUAGCAAAUCGGAUGGGACCAAGAAUUUCUGUGGCAUGUUUUUUCUCAGGGCCCAUAGAUAACACAAGUAAGAUUUAUGGGCCAAUUGAGGAGCUGAUAACAAAACAAAAUCCUGCAGUUUACAAAGCUGUUGCGAUGGGUGAUUAUUUAAUGAAUUUCCUGACUACUGGAAUGGAUGAUUAUCGUGCUCUUGAUUAUUACAAGAAUAGUUAGUAAAAUUAUAUACUCCCUACACGUAAUUCAGUCAUCUUUUUUAUUACAAGAAUAGUUAGUAAACUUAUUCA